AUGCCGCCACUCCUGCGUGGCUCCGUCCUGCCCGCGCCCUCGGUCUGCGUCUUCCCUGCCCCUCGGCACGACGUUUUUCCCGUUGUCUCAGGCCUUCGCGCUGACAGUGCUAACGGCGGCGGCGCUGUGGGGCUGAGUGUUGCACCACUGACCACCACGGUCGCGAACCGCAGCGUGGAGGCGGCACUGCUGCGACGGGAGUGGGAGCUGCGCAGCGAGUACUACCGACUGUACGCCGAGGACCAAUGGCACAUACGCCAGCAGCGGGAGACGAAACGCCGCCAGGACGAUGAGGCGGAGCGGCAACGCGUGAUGGAGCUGUCUCGGCUGAUCGAGGAAGAACGUGCGCGGCGUGUGGCGGAACAGCAGGAGCGCCUUCUCCAGCGGGAGCGAGAGCUCGAGGAGUGGAAGCUGGAGCGGCUGAAGGAGGCUGAGACAGCGCGUCGUCGGCAACAGGAGGAGGACGAGCGGCGCCGCGAGCUGCAGCACGAGCGUGAAUUGGCCCGCAUCAAGGAGGAAGCGGCCUCGCGCGCAGUCUCGGCUCAGAAAGCAGAGGAAGUGAUGGCGGCAGUAGAGCAGUCGUUGCAGAAGAUGCAGAGCGCCAUGCAAGAACAGCUGCGGGAGGAGGUACGCGGGCUGGAGGCGGCGCACAGGUCUGAGCUCACACGUCGCGAGGAGGAGUGGGUGCAUCGCGUGAAUGCGAUGGAGGUGAGCCGAAGCACGGAGCUGGCCGAGCUGACGCACCAGCUGAAGCUCGACCAGACGCGCGCCACCCGCAGCGAGGAGCAGCUGUGCGAAGCCCGGAACCAGCUUACGAAGCUCCUGCAAGAGGUCGAUCAGCUGCGGCUGCAGCUUCAGUCGAGUUGCCCGCGCUCCGAACAGGAUCGUAAGGCGGCGCAGCAGCUGGUGGCGACGCAUCGCAGCGCCAUAGAGCGUCUGCAGCAGAUGUACGACGAUGACAAGAGGGCACAGCAACACCGCUACGCCGAGGACCGCGACCGCGCCAAGUAUGAGCAAGACCGCCGCCUUGAGGAGCUGAAGGACUGCCACGCUGCGGCGAUACGCUGCAAGGACAGCGAAAUCGACCACCUCAUCUCCCGUGUUCGACAGCUAGAGACUGAUUUGCAUGAUGAGAGCGUGAAGCUAGCGCUGCUGCGCACGAACGGGGGACAUGCGAUCUCCACGGACAUCGAGAAGGCUCGCAUGGAGGAUGAGGUGCGACAGCUACACACAGCCAAGGCGGAGCUGGAGGAGAUCAAAAGGCGGCUGGAGCGCAAUCUGCGCGAGGCGGAGGCGCGGGUGGAAAGUCAGAGCAGGCAGCUGCGGGAACUGCAGACUGACACGGCGUCGGGCCAGCGCCAACUCAUGGCGGAGCGGGAGGAGCUUCGGCGCAACAACACCGACCUCAAGAGCCAGCUCGCGAUGGCCCGCGAUGGUUACGAGGAGGAGGUGGAGCGCCUGCAGAAAAAACUGAAGAGCGCAGAGGAGGCGGCCGUGAAGCUGAACGUGCCGGAUAUCGAGCAGAACGCGCGCAACGCGGUGGAGAGGGCUGAGGAGGCUCGCCGCAGCGCCGAGAAGAACCUUGCCGAGGUGACGCGCAAGCUGAAGCUCGCCGAGGAGGAGGCGCAGUCGUCGAGGCGUAGCGCUGAGGCCGCGCGGGGUGAUGUGGUUCAGGCACGGAGCCGCAUCCAAGAACUACAGGCGAAGCUAGAGGAGCGCUCUGCGCAGGUGCGCACGCUGGAGACGGAGGUGCAGGGUAACGCCAGUUUAGGCUACGAGGCGCGGGAGGCCAAGCGGCGGGUGGAACGGCUGCAGGCCGAGUACGACGCGGAGCGCGAGUCGUGCCGCCGGCAGUACGAGGCCGCCUUAGAAGCGAAGGACCGAGAAGUGCAGCAGUGCCGCGCCGAUCUGCUGGAGGUGAACAAGAAGUUGGACGCGCUGCGAGAAGAGAGCGCCAGCUCCAAAUUUGACAAGGAGGGCCACCAGCAACGACUAACUUGCCAACUCAGGGAGAGGGAGGAGGAGGUGGCGCAGCUACGCCGGCAGCUCGAGGACAGCCGCCAGUCGCUUGAGCAGUGGAAGGCGACGUACGAUGAGCUGCAGCAGCGCAGUGGCACCAGCACGGACGGCUACCAGAAGGCUGUUCGCGAGCGAGAAGAAGAGUUACAGGAGUGCCGUCGCAGACUGCGCCAGCUGCAAGAGGAGAAGGCAGAGCUGGAGCACCGUAUGCGUGCCGAGGAAACCGCCCGAAUCUCCGCCACUGCGCAGAGCAACGACGCGCAACGAGUACUGCGCGAGCGGGAGGAGCGGAUUGAGCGACUGGAGCGCGAGGUGCGGGAUUUGCGGGCACAACUGGUGCCGCUGUCGGCCCCGGCCGUGCCUGUCGCGUCACCUCUUCCACUCUCUGGGCCGCCUCCCCCGCCGCCGCCCUCUGCACCGAAAGUUCCGCCCCUGUCCCACGCGGCACUGACGGGUGUGCCCUCGAUCACAGCCGGCACGACAGUGGCUUCGUGCGGAGCCGCACCGUCGGUGACGCCGUCCGCGAACGUGUCAGGAGCGCCUGUGGCGCCGGCCGUGCACGGUGCCGAUGGCCGCCCGACUAGAGUCCCCCCGGCGCCUGCCAGCGCCUGGGACGGCUCUCACCCGCCGCCGCCGCCUCCAUCGAUCCCAGCUGCAGAGAAGCCACCGGCCGUGGCCUUGCAGUUGACGCCCUUCCUCGACCACGGCACGACCAUGGCCGAUGGCGCGACGGAGGGAACCCCGCUGAGCAUCCCUGUCCCGGUUUCGCUGUCGCUGUCGUCUUUCCACGUCGGCCGGCGGAGUGGCGAAGGCCCGUCGCUGACGGUCGCCGUGCCCACCCCUGCCGGCGCUCUCUCCCACACCACUUCACCGGCCCAGUAUGCCAUCUCGCCAACUCCGGUGACCGUAGCUCCGCGCAGCCCACGUGGAGGAUCUGCCGCAUUGCAGGCGGCGCACGCGCCGUCUGUCCCCACACCGCCGCUUCUCCUACCCGCGCCCGCGACUGCGACCACCAACGUUUCCACCGGCACCUACUCGAUCCCCUCCCCCGCGGCACCGCCGCCGCCACCUGUCCCGUCUGUGACCGGGGGCAUCCACAGCGGCGGCGUUGGUGGCGCCCCACCGGUGCCAGUGCCGGCGAUCUCUUCUUACGCCGCUGUACCGGUGCCUAAGGUCAGUGUCCCGAGUGUCCCGGUACCUGCCCCUUCCAGCACCUCACCAUCCCCUUCAGCUGGCGGGUACAGCGCGCCGCCACCACCUCUGCCGAUCCCGGUGCCGCUAACAGUGCAGUCCUUGACAAGCACGUCCGUCCCCGCGGCCUCGGGUAGCGUGGACAUGGAUGGCCGACACGGCCACCGUAGCCAUCGUCAUCACCACCGCAGUUGA